AUGUAUGAAAGGCUAUACUGUGGGUUGGUGGCGCUGCUUGAGCUGGUCAAGUUUACGCCGCUCAUCGGAGCGUUGCAGGGCACAGUGGGGCCUUGGUCCAUCGUGAUCAACGUCCUGCUGGGCGUCGACGCUGCGGCAUCUUACGCGAGAAUAGAUCGGCUUCCGGGCAAGCGUAAGGUUAUACUGUACAGCUUGUUCUGGACCGUGGUUCUGUCGGCGAAGUUCCUGUUUAACUUUUUCUUUAUGAUCCGCCCGCUCGUUGGGUCGACGCGGACCGUGUGGGACCUAGACAUGAGCGGAAGGUACGACCUCGGCUUCGUGUCUUUCCGCGAUACCCACAAUGUCGGCAUCCUGGUCGGCGUGUGGCUUUCUGUGGCAUUUGUAUAUUUCAUCGAUCUUCAGGUGUGGUUCAUCAUUGCCGAGAGCGUCAUGUCUGCCUGCUACGGCGUGGCGAGGCACGUCGGGGAGCGGCUCAACCCGAACGAGAUCUGUGGGUCCUUCGAGAAGAUGUACAAGAUUUUCUUCAGGUACUUGGAUGCCGAGGACCAACAGAAGCACUUCCGCUUCGCGUACGUCUGGAACGAGGUGGUGGACGCAAUGCGCAAGGAGGACGUCAUCGGUGACCGAGAGAUGGCCGGCCUCAAGUACUUCGUCGUGUCCCUGCACCGCCCCAACAGCGUCCUGGCGUUGCUACCCGGUUUCCUGGUGUCGGGCAAGAUCCAGGGCUCCGUCAAGACGGCGAGGGACUUCGCCAGGCAGCAGGACGAGCUCAUCAAGGACCUCGUCGCCGUGGACGCGUGGGGGAAAGGCGAAGACAAAGGAGCACGGUACGAGGCGGCUGAGAGACGAAAGCCCGCGACCGGUUUCUUCGACAUGAUCGAGAACUUGGCCAUGCCAGACCACGACGAAUACGGCGUCGCUCGGGCGGCCGACCUCAAGGUCGUGAAGCAGAUGCGGACGCUGCGGCUGGAGCAGAAGAGGUUCCUCCGCGGCAUGCUGUCGGUGUCUGACGCCAUCAGGGAGGUGGCGUUUCUCCACCUGUUUCUCAGCGUAUUCUUCCUGGUGGAGCACCUCUGCCAGAACGAGGCCAUCUGCGCGGGAAUGUGGGAGCUGUACGAGUUCGUCACCGGACUGGCCGGCUCGAACGACGCGGCCGGCUCCAUAGCCGACACGCUCAUGGAAGCCAACCCGAAGCGGGCGAUCUUCCUCCUCCAUCAGUGGCCGGACGUGGUCUUGGCCCUCGAGACGCUGGUGGCCGCGUUGCUGAGCAAGAACGGGAGGGCGGCGAGGAACGUCCGCAAGGCCAUGGAGAAGCUCUGUCUGGCCAUGGCGGCCUUCAUCGAUCCCUCCACCCACGGCCAUGGCAUGAGGCAAGAAGAGGAAGGGGGGUGGUCGGCCGGUGACGAGAGCGGGCAGCUGGGCAAGCUGCGGCACAGCAUGGAGCAGCUACAAUCUGCGCUGAUCGCGUGGCCCAAGUCCGCCAAUAUCACGCAGGAUGAGGUGGACGCCCUGCACAAGGACCACAACGAGUUCCUCAUGAGGUUCCACAGCCUGGCAACGCGAGUGGAGAACAUGCCGGCGUUCAGCACGCUGACGCCCUACUACUCCGAGGAGGUGAUCCUCUCGGUCCAGACGCUGUGCGCCCAGACCCCCGACGGGGUGACCACUCUGGAGUACCUGCAGACUCUCUUCCCCGAGCAGUGGAAGGCGCUGGUAGAGCGCGUCCAGCGGGAGAUGCCGGACGUGGAGGCGGAAGACUUCUCCCAGCAGCUGUACCGCAACGUCAACAUGGCCAGCGCCAACCCUCUAUUCGAGCGGAGGGGAAAGCGGGCCUACGUGUCCGUGCUUCAAGGGCAGCUCCGCUACAACUCGGCCAGCAGGGAGGCCGCGAGUGCCAAGUACACCUACGUGGUGUCUUGCCAGCAGCAUGCAAAGCUCCUGAGGUCGGGUAAGGAUGAGGAUCGAGCCAAGGCCAAAAGCGUGGAGCUGCUCAUGGAGAUGCACCCUUCCCUCAAGGUAGCGUAUGUGGAAUCAGGCAAGGACGGCCGGCACCACUCCGUGCUCAUCCGCUACGACGAGGCCCGGAGCCGCAUCGUGAAGCAGUACGAGGUGGAGCUGCCGGGGCCCAUCCUUCUCGGGGAGGGAAAGCCGAACAACCAGAACCACGCCAUCAUCUUCACGAGAGGGGAGGCGGUCCAGGCCAUCGACAUGAACCAGGACGGAUCACUCGAAGACGCACUCAAGGCUAGGCAACUGCUGGGCGAGUUCGACUUCAACGGCGGGGGAAACCACGCCAGGAUAGUGGGGUUUCGCGAGUUCGUGUUCACGCACGACGUCAGUUCCAUCGCAAACUUCUUCAGCCUCCAGGAGCUUUCGUUCGUGACGAGCAUCCAGCGGUUCUUGGACAAGCCGCUCGCCGUCCGAUUCCACUACGGGCAUCCCGACCUUUUCGACAAGGUGUCGGCGAUGACCUUGGGCGGCAUCUCGAAAGCGUCGAAGGGCAUCAACCUGUCCGAGGACAUCUUCGGGGGAU